AUGAAAUGGCUAGAGAAUUUGUGGCUUCGAUCAGCAUGGAAGUUUCGGCGUGUUUUCCGACUAGACGGUCAAACAAUUGCACCAAUUCAAUGGGGAAAACCUCUGCUCACAUCGGCUCCCGAUAAAUCACUUGAUGAGAGAUUGGAUGACAGUCAGAAGCAAAGACUGCAAAAUAUCGUGGAGGAGACCAUCUCCAUGCUUACGAAGCACUUUCCGUCCAACAUCACCACUCAGGACUGGUUAGUUCUGCUCGAAUGUCAAACACGAAAACAGCGCCUUGAUCAUCUGAAGUUCCUCCGGAGUCGAGAAUUGGAACGAGAAAAAGACUUGUUGAAGAAACGUCUUAAGUCACCUCCGCCCAUCAAGGAAAAACAGGCGGAAGCAGGCGACCCUGUUCUGUAUUUCCCUGCGACUAAAUUAGUCAAAGACCAGCGUAGUAUCGCCUGGCAAAGAGUGGCCCGAGCUCAUCGUUGUGGAGAACCAAGCCUUGUCAUCGACUGCCGUUUCUUGCCUUUACUUUCACCGCGCGGAGCAGAACUCACUGCCCUCCAACUGAAAUAUUUGAUAAGCGAAAACCGUGAUAGCAGAACGCCGUGGCAGUUGUACUUCACAAAUUUCGACCACUCUUCAGAGAGAAUAAGGCGACUGAAAGACAAACACUUAUCAGCAAUCGAUUCGCCAUCGACGUGCAGUCCAAUCAUUUCUCCCCAGAGCUUCACUGAUCUUUUUCCACGAGAACGAGUAGUCUAUCUCAGUCCCGAUGCAGAAGAAGUGAUCGAAGAUGUACAGGAGCAUGAUGUAACUCUUAAGGUGUAUGUUCUUGGUGGCAUCGUCGAUAGGGUACCCGAGAAAGGAAUACCCCGUCAAGCUUCGCUGGAAACCGCAAUCGCUGAAGAAGUCCGGUGCAUGAAGUUGCCCUUAGACAAAUACGUAACCUGGAAGAGCGGCACAAAGUUCCUCACUUUGACUGCUGUUUUUUCUAUUCUUCGGAACGUGCAUAGCUCAGGAGGUGACUGGGAAACGGCAUUACGAAAGAAUAUCCCCGUCCGAAACAUACGAUCCGCCGAGGAGAAAUCUGUUGCCGGUCGAGUACUGCACGACAAAAUUCGUCGAUUCGACCAGCAGCUGCUACAGAUUGUUGAACGUGAGAUCGGUAAAGAAGCGAUCAGAGACACUCAAACCUCAGAGUAA